UCUCAGCCAUCUGCAGGAAACCAAUUAGCAGGAAUAAAGAGCUAAGUGUUUUUCUCUCCUCUACGUUCAGACCUCACUCUACCUCUCCCCCUCUCACACCCCUCCGUCCCUCUGUUUACUGUAGAUAUAGCUUUAAGAAGACGAUUUUAGGAACACAGAGAGGAGGACUGUGUUAUGCUGCUCUCUCUGCGGCUGUCCUCUCCUGCACGCUCUCUGGUCCAAAGGGAAUAUGUGGAUGUUCAGUAGACCCGCUAUUUGACUGGAUUACUACAGAUACAGAUACAGUCCAAGGAGUCCAGAGACGCCGCCGCCACAGCCGCACAGAUGUGGGGUAGUGAUGCGUGGCUGCUGUAGGAGCCAUUAUGGACAGCGGUGAGGGAGGGAGAGGAAGGGAUGGAGGGAGAGAGGGAGGAGAACCUGACAUCAGCACCAAGCCGUUAUCUCAUCCUCUCCUGACCCCGGAAGUGAUUCCUUGUAAGGGGUCGCCCUCUCGUACCUCAGCCCCGGCCCCUGCCAAAGAGCCCUCCAACCUGAUCCAGACAGAGCAGGGGGGUGCAGAGGGGACCGCAGGCAGAGAGGAGACCCCAGAAGGGGAGCGGGGUAUAUACUCACAUAAUAAUGGUGUGACACUGAAAGAAGAGCAAGAGAAGGAAGAGAAGCUAAAUGAGAAGAAGGAGAAAGAAAGAUUGUUACUAGUGGACGACAGAGAGGAAACGGGAAGAAGAAACCUUGCACCAGCCCUCAGCAGCAAAGACAGAGGAGAAGAGGAAAAAGAGAAGAAAGAGGAAGAGGAGGAGGAGAGGGAAGAGGCCAUCUCAAACCAAAGCCAAACCAAAUCCAAAUGUAGUCUAUUACCUCGACAGAGCCAGCACAGUUCUGCUUCCAGCACUGUUAUGGCCAGUGGCACAUUGAACAGCAACAUCCACAUCACUCCUUCCAAUUCUCCAAAGCACUCUACCUCUCCUUCUACCUGUCCAAAGCUCUCAUUAUCACCUUCCAAUUCUCCAAAGCACUCUACCUCUCCUUCCACCUCUCCAAAGUGCUCCAGCUUUUCCCCCUUCUCUCCUUAUCCUCAGAACGAGACAGAGGUGAGAGACACAGGAGAAGUACAGGGCAAUAGUCCUAGUUUUCCUCUGAGCUUUAAACCCCAGCAGUCUGCUCUGUCUAAGUCCACCAGCCCACCCGCUAAGGAUGAUGGUAGGGCAGACGCCACUCACACUUCCCUUAUUGCCAAUGGAGACACUGCCAAAGUUCCAAAACCAAACAACAACCCAGAAGUGAGAGAUGGAGAUAGAGAGAUGGAAAUAGAAAGAGAUGAUGAUGAGGGAAAUGGAAAGAAAGAAAGAGAGGGAGAUGAGAACAUAGAGACUGUAUCUAAGUACCUCCACUCCUCUCCCUCCUCUUCCUCCUCACCCUCCUCUCCAGUCUCACUGAACAGUCACAUGGCAUUGAUGCACUCCCGGAACUCCUGCAAGACGCUUAAAUGCCCCAAAUGUAACUGGCAUUACAAGUCCCAGCAGACACUGCAAGUCCACCUCAGAGAAAAACACCCAGAGUCUGGGGGCUCAUGUGUGUGCGGGGGCUUGGGGGAGAAUUGUGUUUGUGGAGGGUCAAGGGGUGUGUGUCUGUACUGUAGCACAGGGAAGGCCCAUCCUCGUCUAUCCCGGGGGGAGAGUUAUGUCUGUGGGUACAAGCCCUACCGCUGUGAUGUGUGUGAUUACGCCACGUCCUCUAAAGGAAACCUCAGCAUACACAUGCAGUCAGACAAACACCUCAGCCACGUACAGGCAGCAGGACAAACACAACAUGCGCACAGCACACACAGCGGGGGCUCCACUGUCAGAGACACGGCAGGCGAUCAGGUGUAUGGACACACACACCCCGAAGUCACGCAGCCCCCUGAAAACACACCGCCCUACCCCAGCCAUCCCUCCUCCCAGGGUAAGAGGUGGCGGUGUGAGGUGUGUGAUUAUGAGACCAGCAUUGCACGGAACCUGCGCAUACACACCACCAGUGAGAAACACACACAAAAUGUGCUGCGCCUGAAACACACACACAACGUACUACAGCUGCAGAGAAGCUACUACCUGGCUCACUGCAGGAGUCUGCCUCCUCAACUCACACUGCUACACAGCAUAGGUGGGCAGCAGUCUUUGGAUAUGCAUCAACUAACAGCAGAGGAGCCAGUUGCCCCAGAUUCAACCCUGACCCCCUCCCCCUCUCCUCCUCCCUCCUCCUCACCAUCCCCUUCUCCAUCCCCCUCUCCCCCUCCUCCCCUGUCUCUCUCCCCCUCUCCCCCUCCUCCCCUGUCUCUCUCCUCCUCUUCUCCACUCUACCGUGGUGUGUUCCGGUGCCUGGUGUGUUUCAGUUUCUCCUCUGACAGUCUGGAGUCUCUUGGGUCUCACCUGAGUGCCCCCCGCUCCCUGCCCCAGUCUGAGUGGCGUUGUCUGGUGGCCGGAGGCUGCUAUUGCAGGCUGUGUGGCUACAGCACCCCCCUCACAGCUAACUUCACCUUGCACUGCCAGACAGACAGACACAGGGCCCGCUACCAGCUGGCUGCCCACCUCUGGGAGAGAGGGGAGAAGGGGGAGGCUGUGGACUGGGAGGAAGUUGGGAAGUUGGUUGCUACAGGCAACCUGGUCCAGCUGAAGUGUAACGUGUGUGACUUCCAGACCACCAGCUUGGAGAAACUGAGAAUACACGGCGUCAACUCCCAACACCAGGCCAGCCUCAGAGUCUACAGGUUCUUAGAGCAGUAUGACAGUGCAGUAGCUGGAGGCUCCUGGUCGUUCCACUGUGUCUUGUGUAAUUACUCCUCCCGAUCUAAACUCCACCUACUGAGACACACCCACUCCACGGGUCAUUAUAAGAGGGAGGAGCUUCACCGCUUGCAGCUUGUGAAAAGGAGGAGCCUGAAUAAAGGAGAGGAGCUAGCUGCCAUCUUCAGCAUCAGGAAGUGUACCAGUCCUGAGAUAGAUGAAAGCAGUGAGGAGGGGGAGAGGAGAGAUUCCUUAUCCCCAGCCAAGCGAUCAUUCUCUUGGCUGGAGGAGACACAGAGCCCCCUCUCUCCUAAACGCCACAGAACCGACAAACACUCCACUGACCAACGGACUACUGCCAAGUGCCCACUGUGCCAGGACACACUGGUACACACACACCUGAGACGUCACCUCACACUCACUCAUAGUGUGGCCCAGGACUGUGUGGACAAGCUCAUGAGCACUGUGGCAGUGGAGCUGCCAGAGAUUCUACAGAAAGAGACACUGCAGAGGGAUUCCCAUUCAAACGACUCCAACACAAACGAAUAUCAAACAAACGAUUCCAACACAAUCGACUUUUACGCAAAGGAGUCCCUCAGAAAUGAGUCUCAAUCAAAAGUGAUAGAAGUGAUAGAAGUGAUACCAGCCAAAGAUGUCCCUUCUCUGCCCACCCGUCCUUGUGAGGACCAGCAUCUAGCAGAGGACAACACCUCUCACCUCCCAGAGUCCCCCAGCUCUCCCCCCCCCCCACCCACUCCUCCCUCUCCCUCCCUCAGCCACCUCCCUUCAUCCACCUUACCCCCCUCUCCUCCCAGCGAUGCCCCUCCCUCCUCUGAUCGUCAUGGUUACAGGUUCCGCUGUGGCAGGUGCAGUCUAGCAUUCCGGACACAGGAGAAGCUGAAGCUGCACUGGCAGUACCAUGCCAUGAGGGCGGCGACAGAGUGCCACCUCUGCCCCAGACGCUGCCGCAGCCAAGAGGCCCUGCAGAGACACCUGCUCAACACACACCUACAGGACCUACACCUACAGGGUACACACCCUGACCAGAGUAGAGCACACGUCCAACGACAAACCAGCCUGGAGGGGGAGGAAGAGGAGGGGGAGAGUAUGAGUGAAGAAGAUAAGGAGGAAGAUGAGGAGGAUGAGGAGGCAAAUGAAGGAGAGGAGGAUGAAAAGGAUGACCCAGAUGAGGAGGAGAGGCCCAGUCCAGGGGUUAGUAAUAGUGACAAGGGUUCAGGGCAGCAGGAGGAGGAGACAGGGUCAGAACCCAGCCCCCUCAUCAAGGGCUCGAACCCGACUCUGGAGCGGUUCCUGGACCCGGCUCGGCCCUACAAGUGUUCAGUCUGCUGUGAGUCCUUCACUCAGAGAACCAUCCUGCUGGUCCACUAUAACUCUGUGUCUCACCUCCACCGAGCCAAAGCCAGACGGGCCCUGCAUGACUCCAGCCCCAGUCAUGCUGACACCCCCCAGGGCCUGGAACCAAGCCCCUACCGCUGCAGCCUGGCCCCUGACCCCAGGCCCUACCGCUGCAGAAUGUGUAGGGUGGCCUACAGCCAGAGCUCCACCCUGGACAUCCACCUCCGUUCUGUACUGCACCAGACACGAGCCCGUGCAGCUCGGACCCAGCUACCACUGAACCCCCACACCCACCAAACUCUAGCUCCAGCCUCAGCCUCAACCCAGGCUCCCCACACCCCAGUCCCAUCCUUGGUCCAAACCCAGACCCCUGCCUCCAGCCCUUCUCCUGGAGGAGGAGAGGCAUCUACCAGGGGAACCCCCCCAGCAGACACUAGACCAGCCCCUGCCUCCCCAAGUCCCUGUUCCUCCCUGAGUGAAGCCCAGCUGAGUGUGGGUGUCUCUGGGCAGGUUAAGGGUCACCAGGCUAAGAGGAGGAGAGUAGAGGUCCUGCCCGCUUCCGUAGGUCAGCAGGACCUGACGUUACUCCAACAGCAAUUAGCCCAGGCCCAGAUACUACAGCAGCAACAGGAGAUAGCCCAAGCCCAGAUACAGCAAAACACAGCCCUUCUCCAGCCCCAGCUCUUUAGUCCAACACUGCUCCCUCACCUCCCCUUACUGCAACAGAACCUCCUAAAGCAGCACCUCCCUUCAGCAGCAGAGAUUCUCCAACACGGGAACCUCUUCCCUCCCCUCCCCUUAUCCCCAGACAGCCUAUUCUCUCUGCAGCAGCAGCUGCUCCUGUCCUUCUACCUUUCUGGGGGGUUGCAUCUCAACCCCAACACAACCCUUAUGAACCAGACCACCUCAGCUGUCUCACCUCAGACCACCUCAGCUGUCUCCCCUCAGACCACCUCAACUUUCUCCCCUCAGACCACUUCAGCUUUCUCCCCUCAGACCACCUCAGCUUUCUCCCCUCAGACCACCUCAGCUGUCUCCCCUCAGACCACCUCAGCUGUCUCCCCUCAGACCACCUCAGCUGUCUCCCCUCAGACCACCUCAGCUGUCUCCCCUCAGACCACCUCAGCUGUCUCCCCUCAGACCACCUCAGCUGUCUCCCCUCAGACCACCUUGGACCAACACCCCCAGAUAGAGAGGCUUGACCCUCCCUCUCCACAGCCAGAGAUGAAUAGAAUCCAGUUUCCAGGCCAUGCCCCGAAAUGUGAAACCCAGGCUGAGACCGCUGACAGUGACUCCCCCCUCCACCAGACAGAGAAAGAGUACAACCCAUCCUCCCCUCCUGAGGGAGAUGGAGAGAAGAACGGAGAGAUGCAGGAGAGUGAGAAGAAGGAGAGAGCAGAGAAGGCCCUCAGAGUUCUGUUGGAAAGAUACGGCUGGGAGCUGGCCCUACAAAGCACUCAGAGCAGACAGAGACAGCAGAACAGAGAGAUGGAGGGAUGCCUGGAGGAGGAGGAGAAGCAGUGUGGAGAAUGUGGGAAGCUGUUCUCUGACUCUCUGAUCCUGAAGAGCCACCAGGAGUUUGUUCACCGCCAGAUGAUCCCUCCUGUAGUGUUGGAGAUGUUCUCCAGACAGUACAGGCUGCAGUACGACCGCCUCUACCCCCUCAGACCCUUCACACCGGGGGACACUGAGACUACUGUUGUUGCACCCCUAACCCCAGCUUCAGCACCUGCACUUGCACCUUUACCCCCAGCACCAGCCUCAGAUUCAACCCUCGACCAAGCCCAAUCCCUCUCCGUCUCCCAAACCUCAGUCCCAGCCCUUAUCCCAGCUGCAACCCUAACAGCCAUAGACACAGACCCAGCUGUGCCCCCACCACCAGCAUUUGUAUCUGUAACCCUGUCCCCAGACCAAGCCCCAGUUAAUUCCCUCUCCCCAGUCCAAGCCAGAGCCUCACCAACACCCUCUCCUCCUCCUCCACCCCCCCGCCAACCACAACCACUUUCAGAGCAGGACAGUACCACAACGACAACCACCCCUUGCCCUGACCCCUCUCAAACUAUCAUACACAGGCCCAAACUUUCCAUACCCCCUCUCCCCUUACCCCAACUCCCCCUGCCCCGUCUUCCUUUAUCCAACCUCUCCUCUCUUCCCUUCCCCAUAGACCCCUCUCUCCUCCCCCUUGGUCUAAUGCAGCCCAUAGCCCUCCAGUCAAUGCUUCAGUACCAGUCCCUGUUAUCGUCUUGCCACCAACCACCCUUAUCCCUAUACACCAACACCCAUUCUGCUCCUAGCCUAGCCCUACCCCCAUACACUACCACCCACUCUGCUCCUAGCCCAGCUCUACCCCCAUACACUACAACCCACUGUGCUCCUAGCCCAGCUCUACCCCCAUACACUACCACCCACUCUGCUCCUAGCCCAGCUCUACCCCCAUACACUACCACCCACUCUGCUCCUAGCCCAGCCCUACCCCCAUACACUACCAUCCACUCUGCUCCUAGCCCAGCCCUACCCCCAUACACUACCACCCACUCUGCUCCUAGCCCAGCUCUAACCCCAUACACUACCACCCACUCUGCUCCUAGCCCAGCUCUACCCCCAUACACUACCACCCACUGUGCUCCUAGCCCAGCCCUACCCCCAUACACUACCACCCACUCUGCUCCUAGCCCAGCCCUACCCCCAUACACUACCACCCACUCUGCUCCUAGCCCAGCUCUACCCCCAUACACUACCACCCACUGUGCUCCUAGCCCAGCCCUACCCCCAUACACUACCACCCACUCUGCUCCUAGCCCAGCCCUACCCCCAUACACUACCACCCACUCUGCUCCUAGCUCAGCUCUACCCCCAUACACUACCACCCACUGUAUUCCUAGCCCAGCCCUGCCCUCUCUGAAGCAUAGGCUGGAGGAAGGGACAGAGGUUAGGCCUAUGAGUGAUGUGAUGGCCGGUGAUGGAGAGGAAGGGGGGGAGGGAGAGGGGGAUGAGCAGAGGAGGGAAAGGCGCCAGAGGACCACCAUCAGUGCAGAGCAGCUAGAGGUUCUGUACCAGCGCUACAGUCUGAACUCCAACCCAACCCGCUCUGUACUGGAGGGCAUCACCAGGGACACAGGCCUGAAGAAACGUGUGGUGCAGGUAUGGUUCCAGAACACCAGGGCUCGUCAGAGGAAGGGCCAGCUCCAGACCCUGGGGAGAGGAGGUUUAGGUGUGGGUCUAGGUGACAACCACAGGCGCUGUCCAUUCUGUAGGGCUUUGUUCAAGGCUCAAAGUGCCCUGGACGCCCAUGUUAGGGCCCGCCACUGGUCCCAGACUGACAGACCUGCCUAUGGCUUGUCUCAUCAGAUGGGUUCCGCUGAUGUCUUCAGCUUUUCUCACAACCAUGGAUCCUACAGAGACAGGGAGGUUCCCCCACUCUCCCUCCAGCAUUCUCCCUCUCUCUCCCACCAUCCUUCUCUCCCUCCCUCCCUCCAUCCCUCCCCGAACCCCUUUCAUCCCUCCCCAAGCCCCGGGGUCAUCCCCACUGAGAGAAAAUAUAUUUCUGGGGAAACAGAUUUGAGCUUUGACCUGAACGAACCCGACAUGGAAGAGGAGGAGGAGGAAGGAGGUCUGUCAGUAAAAAUAUUCCCUUCGUCUGACCAGGCUCAUGAGGGUAACCAUAGCAAUCUGUUGUCUCUGGGAUACAAAUAUGGGAUGGCAAGCUUCAACGUUCAUGACUGUGACCAGAACUCCAGCACAAGUCUGUCUGAGAGUAUGGAUAGGCAUGGACCGCGACAGCAGCAGCAGCAGAGGCAGCGUACACAGAUGACCCCCCAGCAGGUGGCCAAGCUCAGAGCCUGUUACAGGGAGCACCCCACCCCCAGCCCCCUGCAGUGUGAGGGCCUGGGACGGCAGCUGGGGCUCCCACGCAGGGUGGUGCAGGUGUGGUUUCAGAAUGGUCGGGCCAAGGAGAAGAGGGCAAGGAGCCUCAGAGUCGACCCCACCACAGGAUAGAGGGAAAGGCAGCAGAGGACAGGGGAGAGAACGCACACAGCCAUGAACUAAGUGCACGUCACUCACAACAAUAAACCAACCGGAUGCCACAGAAGCCAAAGAGCAUUCUACCAGUGUACCUCACCCCUUACUCAGCCCCAAAACAUCACAGGGCAGACCUCCUCUAGAGCUUUAAGACCCCACUCCUCUGUUCCUCUGUCUCUCCUUUCCCCUCCUCUCCUGUCCUCCAACCGAUACCUCAGGAGUUAACCCCUCCAUGCCAACAGAUGUCCCUGUUCUGACAAUAUAAUCUAGAGAACCAGGACACAGUAUGUGUCUGUUUAAAGACUUUACUAGUGCAAGUAUCAAACUGUUAGACGUUUUAGUGUAUAUAACGUUCUUUCAAAGUAUAAGAAAACUGAAAGAAACAAAAGCAGCUACGGAAAACAAAAAUGUUAAAUAUUCUUUACAAAGAGCAUCUGCAAAGACUGGCUUGGAUUCCAAAGCUCGUAACCAAAACCUUACAUGUCCGUGGAUUGUGUUGUCACCAUGGUGGUUUUCAUUUCCAAACCACAGUACAGACCAUACAGUGAAGAGUAGAACUGAGACUGGUGCGUAGACUGACGGGUCUACGUGGGGCUGAAGCAGACCUCAACCUUCUCAAUGAUAACUCUACUGCACAUGUACUGAACGCUCCUUAUGUGGAUAAUAGGCCAAAUAGCACUGAGCUAAGUCCACUUUGUCCUUUAUGUGAGAGGUCAUAUAAGAAGCUAUUUUGAUAACGGUCGACCAAUAUAUGUCACAACUUUAACCAAACACUACACAACAUUGUCUGUGUUAAGUAAAUGUUAAUGAAUAUUAUGGAUUAACGGUCGUUAUUAUGCUUUGAUAAGACAAGUGUUAUUUUGUGGUGUAUGAGAACAUAAUGUAGGCGUAAUGAUGUGGAGUUGCCUUUUCUUCUUAUUUGAGUAAAAAUACCAAUACGUUGUGUAAUAUAAUUCCAUGUCUACUAUACUCAGGCCAACUGAACUGUUUUUUAUUUGGUCAUAAUAAUGUACUAGUCUCUCUUCGGUCCCUAAUGUCAGACACAAAGUCUGUUUCGAAACCUUAUGAUGUAAAUAUUGACUGUUGAUGUGAAGUUCCUGUAAUGGUCGUUCUAAAGAAACCUCUCUGGAUUUGAGAGAUCUGAGCUUUCUGACCCAUAAUUGAUGGUUCCAUUAUUACAAUGUUAAAUGGUGUGAGGGGUAAAUUAAUGUACAGUAUGUAGCUUUUAUAUGGUCGACUCAGUCUCCCCUGAGACUGCCUCUGUUCUGACGGACCAUACUCACCGAGAGUUACUGACGUUAUACUGAUGAAAACUUCGGAUGUUGUGUGCACUUAACUCUAUCUCACACACUCUAACUGUUUCUCUCUCUCAUCUUUUUGAUCUCUAAAUGUAAUAAUAUUACUGUAGUAAUGGUAACAGUAAUAACUAUGAUAAUAUCGAAUGCUUUAAAACACAACCCAAAGACAAUAACACUGUAACCAUCGAUGCAUAAAUCCCACAAAAAACAACUUAAAAAGUUUACUUGACAAUGUAACAUUGAUUGUUGGGAAGAAAGAGUGACUGUAUCAGAACUGCUGUAUCUGUCUUCACCAAGCCACUGGUGAGUGUACACUGUAACCUCCAGAAAAACCAAAACCUGUUAUUAUACUAGGAUGGAGGAGCACUUCUCAAAGCCCCCCCCCCCCCCCCCAGCUACUAGUGCACUCAGUAGGGAACCAAACCCCAGCCCCUAGUGUACCAUACUCAGUAGGGAACUACUUCAGAGCCAUUGCAGUGUGUAGAGUGGUUGAAAUGUUUUCCUCGUCAAUGUCUUUCUAACCAGAUGGAAGAAUCUAUCUCAGUCUUUGAGGAUGUCCAGUUGGCUGCUAACAUAUUUUGCAAUACUUUAAUAACAACAAACUGUUAUAACACACAUGACGCUGUUCAUAACCUGACCUUUUAUUCUGAUGUUAACAAAGAGAUACUUGGGGCGCCAGUAUUUACUCAGUAUAUGUAUUAUUAUGUGGACAGUGGUUUCUAAACAAAGAUACAAAGAAGUUACAAUGAUACUAUAAAGAUAAGAUACUUCUAUACUUAAGAUCCUGCAUAUCUAUUCUAUGGCAGGUUGGAUUGUAUCUAGCCCAAACCUUCUACAGGUCUGUGUACCAGUAUGUUUCUGAUCUUGUGUCGCUGGCUUGUUUAGCCAUGUUUGUUUCUGCUUUAGGCCAACAAUGUAGCCACGUAGCUAUGUAGCCAUGCUUGUCUCUGCUAUAGGCCAGGCAACAAUGUAGCCAUGUAGUGACAUAGACACGUAUCCCAUGUACCUGGGUAGCCACGUAGUCAUGUAGCCACACAGAUUGUAGCCAUGUAGCUAUGUAGCCAUGCAGUGAUACUGAACACAGAAACAGUCUGUCAUCCAGGCUAACCUUCCAAAGGAUUCUAACUCUGUUUACCCGUAGCUCUAUAUCUGACCAAUGUUUACCACAAUACCAAUGAUCUUUCUUCUGUACUGAAAUUCCAAAUACUGUACCACUUGGCAGUUAUUAUGUACAUAUUGUUGUUUUAUUCCUUUUGCUUAUUUUCUGAAUAACUGUAAGAUGUAAAUAUUGUGUCGUUCCUGGAAGCUGUUGCCGUAGUGAUAACCAAAAGAUACCUGUGUUGUGCACCUGUCUCAGUCUCUUGCUCCAGUGGUUAACUUUGUUCCUUCUCCCCAGUUCUCAUAUGGAUGUGUGUUUUCUCUCCCUCCCCUUUCCAUAGCCACUGAGGUAAAUAAAGUCUGGUUUGGUGGACAUAUUUGCCCAA